AUGGAAGUUGGGGAAUGCUUAAACGAGUUGGUAAGCAAUUCUAACCGCAAAGUAUCAUGGAGUCCACUUUUUGGACCAUACUCUUUCAUAAAUAUUUCUUGUGGAAAGGAAGAAAUGGAUGAUCUUCAACACACCUGGAAAAACAUGCUUGAGGUGGCUGUAGUCAUCAGAACUGUACACAAUCUGUACAAAGCAUGGAAGGGGUUGAAGCAACUGCUUAGCGUUACUAUAACAUCGCCUUAUGCGGCUCAACUAGUUGAAAUAAAAGAAAAACUAGGACCAAAGUACGACAAGUAUGAUGGAUUUACAGUUAAGGUGAUUGGAAUCGAUGAGCUAGUUAAUUUAGUAUUUGCAAGUGCCAGAAACUGUCUUUGGAUUCUAGGAAAUGAAAGAACAUUGUUGGGAAGAGAGUCUAUACGGAAAUCUAUUAUAGAUGAUGCGAAGAAACGAAGGUGUUUUUUCAAUGUAGAGGAAGACAAAGAUUUGGCUGAAUUCUUAAUAGAUGUUAAGAAAGAGCUCGGUGAAUUGGAUGAGUUGUUUGAUGCUGAUAGUUUUCUUUUCAAGAAUGCUAAGUGGAAGGUUCUGUUCAGUGAUAACUUCAAGAAAUCAUUCGAAAAUAUUAAGUCAUCCCAAAUGAGAAAGUUGGUUGUUAAUAUGUUACUGAGACUUGCAAAUGGAUGGAGACCAAAGAAGAGGAGCAUCAACAUAACAUGUGAUAAAUCAAAGCAAAACUUGAAGCAAUUUAAGGUUAAGUGCAUGUAUAUUAUUUGCUCAAUUGACAUAGUGCAGGAAUACCGUUUCACUCAAGUCUUAAAGGUCUGGGAUCUACUGCCACUGGUGGAAAUUCAAGAACUGGUCAAUCGUCUAGAUACUACUGUCUUUCUUACAUACUCUGACGAUUUUAUUAAUCAUUGCAAGGUUAAACAUGUUGAGGGGGAUUUGGAAAUUCCAAUGAGCUGGGGGACCUCUUGUAAAAUUGUUCGUUUUAAGAAAUCUAGACCAGGAGGAGCAAAGUUAACUUCUAAUAAUAAAAUAAGCUGUGAUGAUGUUAGUUUGUUGCAGAUGAAAUUCUAUGCCUUGUCCUCAUAUAUGGUGGAUCAAUUGCUCUCUAGCUGUGAUGGUACAGAACUAGAAUUGCCCUUUGAAUUGACUAGCCAGGAAAUGGAGAUCAUAAACUUUGACAAAAGCUCCUUUGUUCUUGGGAGGUCUGGUACUGGAAAAUCUACUGUUAUAGUAAGAAAGUUAGUUCAAAGAGAGCAGCUACAUCAUAUAGCGUUGGAAGGUUUUCAUGAGUUCAAUGUGUGUCCAUUAAAUGAAAAUAUAAUAGAAGAUGAUGAAAAGGUUAGCAAGACCAAGGAGAAUUUUCUGCGUCAGAUUUUUGUAACACUUAAUCCUAGACUGUGUUACGCUGUCAAGCAACAAGUUUCGUGUUUGAAAAGAUAUGCUUAUGGUGGGAACUCUAUUGGAGAUAGCAGCUUUGUUCCUUCAGACUAUAUCAAUUUUAUUCCAGAUUCCUUUCUUGAUCUUCCUCGAAAGGAAUACCCUCUUGUUAUAACAUUUCAAAAGUUCCUCAUGAUGCUGGAUGGAACAAUAGGCAAUUCAUUUUUCAACAGAUUCCCAGAAGCUAGAGGUCAAUAUUUCCGAAAUGAAGGAAGUAGGGAGUCAAUGACCUUAGAAAGUUUUAUAAGAGUGAAAGAAGUUAAUUUUGAAAAAUUUAACUCAUCUGAUUGGCCUCACUUCAAUAUGGAGUUAACCAAUGGUUUUGAACCAUCUCAAGUAUUCAUAGAAAUAAUGUCACAUCUGAAAGGUGGGUUGAAAUCUGGGGAUCUUUCUGAUGGCAAUCUCAGUCGGAAAGAUUACAUUUUGAAAAGUAACAGCAGAGUUUCAAAUUUCAGCAAGGAUGAAAGAAAUAAAAUAUAUGACAUUUUUUUACUGUAUGAGAAGUUAAAGAUGGUUAAUGGUGAAUAUGAUUUGGCUGAUCUGGUUUGUGAUCUUCAUCAUCGAUUCAAAGAUGAAAGAUAUGAGGGAGACAAACUGGACUUUGUGUAUAUUGACGAGGUGCAGGAUCUAACUAUGGGACAGAUUGCACUUUUUAAGUUUAUAUGCAAAAAUGUGGAUGAUGGCUAUGUUUUUUCUGGUGAUACAGCACAAACAAUUGCAAAGGGGAUUGACUUUAGAUUCGAGGAUAUACGCUGUCUUUUUUACAGGGAAUUUGUACAUGGGAAAGGAGAAAAAGGCCUUAUCACAAACGUAUUCCAAUUGAGUCAGAACUUCAGAAGUCAUGCUGGUGUAUUGAACCUAGCUCAGAGUGUUACCAACCUUCUAUAUCAUUUCUUUCUACUCUCAAUUGAUGUAUUGAACCCUGAGACAAGUCUGAUUAAUGGGGAAACUCCACUGUUGGUUGAAGUACAUGGCGAAAAUAAGUUUGGUUCUAUGUUCUGUAAUGGUGGAGAUGGUGGGAAAUUUGUUGGUUUUGGAGCUGAGCAAGCCAUCUUAGUCAGAGACGAUAACAUAAAGAAUGAGCUUUUAAAGUAUGUUGGAAAGCAUGCUCUUGUUCUAACAAUAUCAGAGUGUAAAGGCCUUGAGUUUCAGGAUGUGUUGCUUUAUAACUUUCUUUCUUCAUCACCAAUAAAAAAUCAAUGGAGAGUUAUAUACGAGUUUAUGAAGGAGAACAGUAUAAUUUUACAUGAAGUUCCUACAUCUUUCCCUAGUGUCAAUGAGGCCAAGCACCGCCUUCUUUGUUCUGAGUUAAAGCAACUAUAUGUUGCUGUUACUCGUACAAGGCAAAGGUUGUGGAUUUUUGAGAAUGAGCUCUCACAUCCCAUGUGUGACUAUUGGAAGGAACAGAACAUUGUUGAAGUUAGAGGGCUUGAUAAUUGUCUCAUUAAGGAGAUCCAAGUUGCAAGCAGCGUAGAAGAGUGGAGGUCACGAGGCAUGAAGUUUUUUUAUGCACAAAAUUAUGGGCCUGCCAGAAUGUGCUUUGGUAGAGCAGGAGAAGAAUUCUGGGAAAAAAGUGCUGAAGCGGCUGAGCUCCGCGCGGUUGCUUUGUGUAUGAGAGGUUCAAAUACUAAACUGGUUGAUACAUAUCUCAGAAGGGCUGCUGAAAUAUUUGAUUGCAUUUGUAUAUAUGAACAAGCUGCUCAAUGUUAUUAUGAUGCAAAAGAAUACAUAAAAGCAGGUAUUUAUUUACUAUAAUACACAAAGAUAUAUUGCUAA